UACACCUUAACAGUAUUUAGUCUUUCAGCUACAAACCUGGUAUAUCUCUCCAUUAAUUUAUGCCUUUAAUUUCUGUCUCAAUGGUUUUGUGGUUUCUAUUGUAUAAAUCUCAAGCACAUUUUUGUUAGAUGUGUUUGACAGUCUUUAAAAUGCCAUAGUAGAUGGAAAAGGACAAAUACCUAAGUAUCCGUAUUUUGUUGCUGAUAUUUACAGAUGCACAAUGAUGUACAUUGACCCAGCAUCCUACAAACAUUGCUACUAGACUCAGUUUUAAACAGAUGGUGUUACCUGUGAAGAAAGACGGGUUUAUUUCUGCUUAGUCCCCAAUCCUAGUCGUUCCCUGGUGGCAGUGUAGGGCCUCUGUGGAACCUGGACCAGGAAUGAUAACGAGCUUGUGUCCUCACUGCUCUAGGAGAAAUGUUCUCUUUCACCAUUAGAAUGCUGCAGCAUCUUUAAAAAUAGCUCUCCAAUUGGGUUGAGGGGGUUUCCUCAGCUUCCAGUUUUACUGGAAUGUUUUUUUAAAUGGUUAUCAAACGCUUUUUCCUUUGUCUAUUGAGAUCCUCACAUGGCUUUUUCCAUUUUAGCUGAAAUAAGUUACAUUGAUGUUUAAAUGUUAACUAAGCUUUAUUUCUGGAAUAAACUCCACGUGGUGAAGAUGAAGUGUGUCUAUGUGAGGCUCAGCUUGCUAAAAUAUUUAGACUCUGCAUCUGUUCAUGAGUGAUAGUGGUCAUUAGAGACCCCCCUCCCCCCACAAUGUCUGUGUCUGGCUAUAGAGUCAGGAAAACACUGUCUACAUGAAAUAUAUCAGGGUGUCAUCUGUCCUUUGUGGAAGGGUUUGUGAAGAAUUGGUAUUUUGUUUAGAUAUGUGACAGAAUUCAACAAUCAACCCCCUCUAAGCUUUGGUCUUUCUUUGCAUGUUUUUUUUAAUUUAAAUUUUUACUUUUUAGCUUUUUCUCUAUAUAUCCAUUUAAGUUAAUUUUCUAUAAACAGUACAUGUCAUUUGUAGUCCUAUAUUGGUUUAGAUUGUCAUGGAUUAUAGCUGAGGCUUGGGUCUGAACAGGACUCUGGGCAAAGUGGGGCAGUGGAAUUACCAUGAUUGAUUUAGUCCAGAGUAUCUUAAGUGUGUUCCUUGACACCAGAGAUAUCAUCAUUGCCGGGGAACUUGUUAGACAUUUAGAUUCUUUGAACUUACCCUGAACCUACUGACUCAGAAAACUGGAGUUCUGUAUGCUCGAGCAAUUGCGCUUGAAGUACCAAAGAGUAAGGGCAAGUGUCCAGCCUGAACUCUACUUGGACCAGAGAGAAGUACCUGGUACUGGACACGACAGUAGUCUCUAGGCAAGGACUGGUGGAGGGAAUGUUACCCACCUGUGUCAAUGGAGGGCAGAGGUGGAGCCAUGGAAUCCAAAAUGGUGGACCAAUGGGUGCUUAGUGGCUUUCGGACUGUGAGCCUCACUCUGAGAAAAGGAUGAUGUAUUGCAGUUACCAUGAAAUUAGAUAUUUUAGGUUCCUCAUCUAUAACAGGAGUCAGCAAAAGAGAAAGUCAACCUGCCACCACCACCCCGCUUUGUAUGGCUUCUUACAGUUUUCAAUGAUGGAAUGCCAACUUUCAAAAAAAAAAUGUGAAAAUCGCUGGAUAUAAACAUUUGUUUUUCAGACAAGGUCUCACUGUGUAGCUGUGGCAUUCUGGAACUUGCUGUAGGGCCUUGAACUCACAGAUCUGUCUCUGCUUCCCUGAUGCUGGGAUUGAAGUGGUCAGAAUGAAGUCAUGCCUUUUUAGUUAAAUUCUGACCGCAUGAGCAGUGCUUGAGGGCUACAACAGCAGGGUUGAGGAGACAGCAGUGUGAUAGAUUGUACUCUAAAGCCCAAGGGUCAUUACUAGCUAGUCCUUCAUGGAAAUUGUUGGCCAGCCUCUAAGCUAGUGGAGUUGCCAGAGUAGAACACAUCUUCCACGAUACCACUUUAACAGGUGGCUGUCCUGUCUAUGAUACCAAAAGGGUAAUCAUGAAAUUGGGUGUUUCAGGAAUAGAUGCUCGUUAGAAUCGCAGCAACUUGGAAGGAUCCUGUUAGAGACCAGAGAGAUGGCGUUAAUUUCCAGACAUGUCAAGUGCCAGUUUUGUAUUAGAAGCUUCUCUCAAACAGAGCUAAAUGGAUGGGGAUUAGUUGUGUUUUUAAGCUGUUCUCCGCAGGCUUUGGAAAGUGACCUGUUCUAUUUGGGGAUAUUUGCCUGUUAAAAACAACUCUCGGGAGGGACUUUGAAGCAAUCAGAGGCGGUUCUGUCUCUAUGGGAACUGUUGAGUACAUGCUGUUUCCUCCAGAAGAGAGGUCUUUCUCUAAUCUAUAUCCUGCCUAUAAUGUAGAUUUCUUUUUUUUUUUUAAGGUUAUAUAUUGGUACUUCAAAGACAUUCCCCUCAUCAGAGAAAUCCCUGAGUCCUUUACAGUGGUGUAGACACGUCCUAGAUAACCCGACUCCCGAGAUGGAAGCGGCCAGACGUUCCCUGCGAUUCAGACUGGAGCAAGCGAGCCGAUGGAGGAGCCUCUUCUCUUCACCUGCCUCCCUGGCUUUCCCCUAUAGUCCUGUUGCAAGACUCAGCCCUUAUAGCAAUGGCAUUAGCACUCCCAGCUCUAAAACCUCCAACAAAGCAAUACUAACACCUGAGAGAACAGGUUACGUCUCCAGGGGCUCCCCCCUUAGUCCCCAGUCGUCCAUUGACAGUGAGUUGAGUACUUCAGAGUUGGAAGACGAUUCUAUAUCCAUGGGAUAUAAGUUACAGGACCUCACUGAUGUUCAGAUCAUGGCUCGUCUGCAAGAAGAGAGUCUCAGGCAAGACUAUGCUUCCACCUCAGCAUCCGUGUCCAGACACAGUUCCAGUGUAUCACUGAGUUCAGGAAAAAAAGGGACAUGUAGUGAUCAAGAAUAUGAUCGGUACAGCCUGGAGGACGAGGAAGAAUUUGACCAUUUGCCACCACCUCAGCCUCGUCUUCCGAGGUGUCCGCCUUUCCAAAGAGGAAUUCCCCACUCACAGACUUUCUCCAGCAUUCGGGAUUGUAGGAGGAGCCCCAGUUCCCAGUAUUUCCCUUCAAAUAAUUUCCAGCAGCCGCAGUAUUAUUCACCUCAAGCCCAAACUCCAGAUCAGCAACCAAAUAGGACCAAUGGAGAUAAGCUACGAAGAAGUAUGCCUAACCUAGCCCGAACGCCAAGCACUCCUGCAGUCGGCAGCAACCUCAGCUCUCCCAUGACCGUGAGGAGCAGUCAGAGUUUCGACUCAAGCUUGCAUGGAGCUGGAAGUGGGGUUUCAAGGGUGCCAUCCUGCAUCCCAUCACCAGGACAGAUUCAACACAGAGUUCACAGUGUGGGGCAUUUCCCGGUGCCUGUGCGGCAGCCUCUGAAAGCCACAGCCUACGUGAGUCCAACGGUUCAAGGCGGCGGCAGCAGUGGCGGCAGCAGCAGCAGCAGCAGCAGCAUUCCUUUAUCCAAUGGCCUGCAGCUCUACGGCAACACUGGAAUCCCUACUCCCAACAAAGCUGCAGCUUCUGGGAUCAUGGGCCGCAGUGCCCUUCCAAGACCUUCACUGGCAAUAAAUGGGAGCAACCUGCCUCGGAGCAAAAUUGCACAACCUGUCAGAAGCUUCCUGCAGCCCCCAAAGCCCCUGUCUUCACUCAGCACACUGAGGGAUGGGAACUGGAGAGAUGGUUGCUACUGAUGCAGUUUUAUGGACCCUUGAAGAAUGAGAAAGAAGUGAAAAUGAGGGUUGUGUUACCCAGCUGGCUGGGUAGCAUUGGAUGCUGGGAUAUUCUUUCCCUUUCACAUUUUAACACGUGUACUGCAUUGUUUUCCAGUGGACCAAUCACCAGAGACUAACGAUUGCACUUCCUCUCUGCCUGAGAUGCUGCAGCAUUCUCAAACCCAUGGUCUGGUCGCAGCAUUGUUCCACUUAGAUCUAGGAAGUUUUUGUAUACCUGUUCUGUACCUGAAUCCUAUUUGAGAGAACUGAGGCGUAUCAAUGAUGCUUUGCCAUAUGAGGGUUUUAAAGUACCUUGUUCAUUUUACUCACCUGUUCUAAACAUCUUUCCAUUACAUGUUCUGCGUUUUAAAACAUGCAUAUUUACAGCUAGGUUCUAUAACAUGGUUUGAAUUUUAAUUUUUUUUUAUAGUUUACAGGAAUUUUAUUUUUUUGUGCCUAUUUCUUUUUAUGCCUAUGUGAACCACUAUGGAACAACUUAAAUUUUGUGCCAUAAAAAUAUUUUUGUGGUAAGGUACUAUUUUUUUAGCUCUAGGGGAUAUAUCAGCAAAGAUACACCAUACAAUUUGAGACAUAAUUUUACGUUGAUGAGCACAAUUUAACCUAAAGCAUUGCAAGGAGACUGCCAGACGGCAGAGUUAAACGGUCUUGUCUUUUUCAUUGUUAAUUUAUUGUCUUACAUGAGUUUCAUAUUUAUGAUAUCACAAGCACAUUGCACUUAAGACCUGCAAUGUUUGCUACUCAACCACAAUUGAUUUUCAAUCCUUUAUUACAAAGGAUGAAACUGUAAUGUUUUAUUAACAGUGCUUCUGGAAAUGAAUGCAUUUUAAAGCAAAUAAAUCUUUUUGAUAGACCUUUUACAAAACCCAUUUGCACUAAUGAAUGCUUUCUUACGGUCUGUGACUUACUAUUUGUUACUGUGUACAUGGCUGUUUUGGAAUGUUGAGAAAUAAAGACUCUAUUUCAGCAAUAUCAGUCAUGAGACGUUUCAGCCAAGGUUUAAAGAAGGCAUAUAGUUUAUUCACUCACUUUUAAUGUUCUUUUGUGCAGUUCUGCAUAGAGUUCAAAGGGCUUUUAAAAAUAAGGGUCACCAAAAAUGAAGAGUGGGUGCAUGGAGAUGGAUAUAAAAGUGGAAAUAAUAAUUAUCAAAAAUGUCUUUCAUGAUAACAGCCAUGUUAAGUGUUUUGUGUACAUCGGUUGAAUUCUAUACCUAACAGUCACCCACUGUUACUCCCACUGUAAAGAUGAAGAUCCUGAAUCCCAGAGAGGUGAUAAAAAAAGAAAAGGUCAAAAAUGGUUGGCCUUUGAGAGCAUUUGGCACAAACCAAAUUUUGUUCAUGUCCUUCUAACUCAGAAGUCUUUUCUUCACUACAUGUUCUUUGCUGUGAACGUGUGUAGUUAACAAAUGUAUACGUACAUGUACCAUAUACAUGAUAUUUAUUAAUAUAUUCCACCCUGAAGAAGUUAAAGGAUUCAAUUGGCUCUCAGUUUGGCUGUUUAUACUUUUUAAGUGCUAGCUCCUUUUGUGGAUUAGAAGGGAAGGUCUCUUCAUCUUGGAUUUUAUACUCUUGUUCUUAAACAGAGAGUGUAAAACCUUAAAUAAGUUAGCAAACCAUAGUGUGCUCCAUCCUGAGAGCCAUGGAGGGAAAGGAGCUGUGGGUGGGGACGCAAGAGAGCACAGGCCUCCUACAAACCACACUCAAAGGGGCA